AUGUCCGGGAAGUCACCGACUGGCUUCCGCUCCAGUCACGCGCACCUAUUGGCUGAAGGACUACAACUCCCAGCAGGCCACGCUGCCGUGACUCCCGGCGCGGGCUGGGAGCGUGUCUCCCCGCGCCAAGAGAGCGCUCCGGCGCCCUCUUCUGGGAAACCGUUAUCCCGGAGCCGGCCGCCUCGCGAGGAGCGGGCGGCGACGGCGCCCCCUGCCGGAGGAUAUGGCCAAAAAAAUGGUCGUAGUAAGAAAUGGAGGGAGAUGCUGAAGCUGCCCACUGUCAGCCAGUGCCGAGAGCUGAGGCAUUUCAUUGAAAAGGACUACCGCAGCCUGUGUGACAAGCAGCCUAUAGGAAGGCUCCUCUUCAGGCAGUUCUGCGACACCAGGCCAGAUCUCAAGAAACAUGUUGAAUUCCUCGAUGCUGUGGCCAAGUACGAAGUCACCAUUGAUGAGGACCGCAGGGACCGUGCACUGUCUAUCCUGGAGCAAUUCUUCAGUCAUGAGAACUCGGGACCUCUCUUACCAGAGAUACCCGCGGCUGCUGUGAGAGAGUGCAGAUGGGACCUGAACCAGCAGUUCUGCAAAAACAUCUUCGAGGGAUGCGCAAGUGUUGUCCACAACUAUUUGAGCAAAAAACCAUUUGAAGAAUACCAAGAAAGCCCAUAUUUUUCUCGAUUUUUACAAUGGAAAUGGCUGGAAAGGCAGCCAGUAUCCAAGAACACAUUUAGAAAUUACAGAGUUCUAGGAAAAGGCGGAUUUGGAGAGGUUUGUGCCUGUCAAGUGCGAGCUACAGGAAAAAUGUAUGCCUGCAAAAAGCUAGAAAAAAAAAGAAUUAAGAAGAGGGGAGGUGAAGCUAUGGCUCUGAAUGAAAAAAGACUCCUCGAAAAAGUUCAUAGUAGAUUUGUAGUUAAUUUAGCCUACGCUUAUGAAACCAAAGAAACCUUGUGUCUGGUGCUAACCAUCAUGAAUGGAGGGGAUCUGAAGUUCCACAUUUACAACCUAGGCAGUCCCGGCUUCGAUGAGAAGAGGGCUGUUUUCUAUGCAGCGGAGGUGUGCUGCGGCUUGGAGGAUUUACAGAGGGAAAGAAUUGCGUACAGAGACCUAAAGCCAGAGAAUAUUCUCCUGGAUGACUAUGGGCACAUCCGGAUUUCAGAUCUUGGUUUAGCCGUGGAGAUCCCGGAAGGCCAGAUGGUGCGAGGAAGGGUUGGAACCGUUGGCUACAUGGCUCCAGAAGUUAUCAAUAAUGAAAAGUACUCAUUUAGUCCUGAUUGGUGGGGACUUGGCUGUCUGAUAUAUGAAAUGAUUCAGGGACAUUGUCCAUUCAGAAAGCCCAAAGAGAAAGUCAAGCGGGAAGAGGUCGAGCGGAGAGUGCGGAAGGACACGGAGGAAUACUCAGAGAAGUUCUCAGAGGACACCAAAUCCAUCUGCAGGAUGUUGCUCGCCAAGAAUCCAAAUGAACGGCUGGGCUGCAAGGGCGACGGUGCUGCUGGGGUGAAGAAACACCCUGUGUUCAAGGACAUUAACUUCAGCAGGCUGGAGGCAAAUAUGCUAGAGCCUCCUUUCCGUCCCGAUCCAAAUGCCAUUUAUUGUAAGGAUGUCUUAGAUAUUGGGCGGUUCUCCGUGGUGAAAGGCGUCUACCUGGACACCGCAGAUGACAACUUCUAUGCUCAGUUUGCAACAGGGUGUGUCUCCAUCCCCUGGCAGAAAGAGAUGAUUGAGUCCGGGUGUUUCAAGGACAUCAAUGACAGUGAAAACAAACGUGUGGAGGAGAAGGCCUCUCCCCCAGCUCCCAGGCCAAAGAGAAGCUUCUUCCACAGUCUCUUCAGAAGAAUGGGCUGCCUGGGGACCGGCCGUUGAGAGGAAGGGAGCACACAGGGCAGUGACCGUCACCCUGCAGACCGCAGAGCCUGCCCCAGUGCCGAGGCAGAGCCGCGCUCCGUAUUCCAUGCUGCCCAUGGCCCUAAUAAAUGCAGCCCGUGACACGGUGGAAAA